CAACGCUGAAACCGAUGGGCUGCGAAGGACACUGACGACGCAGGGUUCCUGGAUGUGUCUCUGGGUUGGGCCGAAAGGGAACGAGGCCCUAUGGUGGUGUCUGAGCGCGGCCCGCGAGGUGCGGCCGGUAUGCUGAUCGAGACGAACUCGCAGAAUGCCAAAGGGGCAACUCGCGGCCGCCGCUUCGUCUUCCUCGCCCAAAAGCCUCAACAACCCUAAUCAAGGAACUCGACUACUGCCGCCGGUGGAAUGGUCGUCAUCCGUUCGUCUGUCUCUGGUGGCACGUCUGUCCCUCCUUGCCCGACGUACCCUGACACCAGGUUGCUCCUAUCUAAGGACUCACAGAAGUCUGAAGUCUCAAGACGUUUUCGAUUCCUCAUCUAAAUCUUUCGUCUCCUCCCUCACAGAUAAAGGAGCUACUACAUGCAUGGUGCAACAAUCUAACUAUGAAGAGAGUUGGUUGGGAUCCUCAAGUUGUGACAGAAGAAGCGACGACCCUCAAGUGGCGCGUAUUUGGCCACACGAGGGCCUAGACGAGUGCCAUGAUGCGAUCGUGGAGGACGGUGCAUUAUCUAACACACCACACAGAGUGAGCAUUGAAGACAAAUCGAGGCAUAAGCAAGAUAGAGACAUUGAAUAGACAAGAGUGGCAAAGAUAGGCUUGUUGAAGGGCCAGAUAGGGUCCGGGUAAGAUAGGGUCCGGGCCUUAACCUCAAAAGUUGAGGUUCCAAAAGGAAUUUGGGCAUGCGGUUCUGGAGUUAAGUCUGUCCAUAUGAAAUAUGAACGCUCGCC